GUUUGUCCGGAGAGGGGAGCCCCGGGAGCUAGAGACCGAGCCCAGGACGCUGCAGAAAACAGCGGAAUCCCGGAACCCGGGUAGCAGGGCACUGUACUUGCAUGUUUCUUGUAGAACCCCCACUUGGAAAUGCUGAGACCAGGCUUCAUAACAGCUGAGCCCCACUAGACAUCAAGAAAACCCAUGGCUCUGGUUGCAUCUUUCAACAUGACUGAUCCACAGCCUGCCAUUGAAAGAGGAAUUUCUGAAGUUGAGAUCAUCUCCCAGCAAGUGGAGGAAGAGACCAAGAGCAUUGCUCCCGUGCAGCUUGUGAACUUCGCCUCCAGGGACUUGCCCCUGGCAGCCGCUGACCUCUCUACGGGGGGCUCUCAGCUCCUGUCAAACCCGGACGAAGAGUACCAAAGAGAAGGGUCAAACUGGCUGAAACCGUGCUGUGGGAAGAGGGCAGCCGUGUGGCAGGUAUUUUUGCUCAGUGCGAGUCUCAACAGUUUCCUGGUAGCCUGUGUAAUAUUGGUGGUGACUCUUCUGACUCUGGAACUUCUAAUAGAUAUAAAGCUUCUCCAGUUCUCCAGUGCGUUCCAGUUUGCUGGUGUCAUCCACUGGAUCAGUCUGGUCAUCCUCUCUGUGUUCUUCUCUGAGACUGUCCUACGGAUUGUGGUGCUGGGGAUCUGGGAUUACAUCGAAAACAAGAUAGAGGUGUUUGAUGGGGCUGUGAUCAUCCUGUCCUUGGCCCCUAUGGUGGCAUCCACCGUGGCCAACGGGCCCAGGAGUCCCUGGGAUGCCAUCAGCCUCAUCAUCAUGCUCCGGAUCUGGCGGGUGAAGAGGGUCAUUGAUGCGUACGUCCUGCCAGUGAAGGUGGAGAUGGAGAUGGUCAUCCAGCAGUACGAGAAGGCCAAGGUCAUCCAAGACGAGCAGCUGGAGAGACUGACUCAGAUCUGCCAGGAGCAAGGGUUUGAGAUCCGCCAGCUGCGGGCGCACCUGGCCCAACAGGACCUGGAUUUGGCCGCGGAGCGGGAGGCGGCUCUGCAGGCCCCGCACGUGCUCAGCCAGCCACGCAGCCGCUACAAGGUCGUGGAGGAGGGCACCUGGGACGAGGAGACGGCAGCGGAGAGCGUCGUGGAGGAGCUAGCGCCCUCACAAGAAGCCGCGGUGAAAGAUGACAUGAACAGCUACAUCAGUCAGUACUAUAAUGGACCCAGCAGUGACAGCGGGGUCCCAGAACCAGCAGUGUGUGUGGUCACCACAGCUGCCAUAGACAUCCACCAGCCCAACAUCUCCUCGGACCUCUUCUCAGUGGACCUUCCCCUGAAGCUCGGCGGCAACGGCACGUGUGCCAGCGCCACCUCCGAGAGCGCCACCCGCUCAACCUGCAGCUCCGUCACCAGGGCCCAGAGCGCCAGCAGCCACACACUGGGCUCCUCCACAGACUGCAGCACCGCCCGCGAAGAGGCCUCCUCGGAGCCCGGCCCCCCUCCCCUGCCACUGCCGCCCCCUCCCAAGCUGCAGAUGGCAGAGGCCACGGUUCAGGACCUGACGUCCUCCCUGUCUGAGGACCCCUGCCCAUCCCAGAGGGCCUUGGACCCAGUCGCCCUGGCCCGGCCUAGCUCGGUAGGCUCAGCCCAGACCAGCCCUGAGCCGGAGCACAGAGUGACUCUGUGCAACCAGAGGAACCAGGAGGCCCUCCCUGUCCUUCAGAUCCAGCCUGUCAUCCACUUCCAGCCCACCACAGCCCGGCUGGAGGAGAAGUUCAGAUCUUUGGAAUCCAAAGAGCCAAAGUUGCACAGGGUCCCCGAGGCCUAGAGCCUGCAGAUCAGUUGGGUGGGAGGAGAGGGAGACAGCCAUCUCGAAGCUCUCUCGGGACCCCAGAGGCCAUCCAGGGCCGCACACAUGGGGCCCAGGAUCCAGCCUGGCCUCCCUCAGGGUGCUGCCUGGCUCCAGGGAGGUGACUCCAGGCCAGGAGGCCACUCGCCUCAGACCUCAAAGCCCAGAGCUGGCGCCUCCUCACCCCUUACUCAGGAGAGGGUGGUGCUCAUGGCUGGGUUUUUUUUUGUUUUUGUUUUUGUUUUUGUUUUUCCUGUUGUUGUUUUGUUUUUAAACCAUUUUUACAAAAACCAGCCUAUGGCCCAGCUUUAGCAGGGUAGAGUGUGGGGGCCAGCUCAGCCUCUUCCGUUGCCUUCGUUCCCGAUGCCCACCCAGGACCCUCGGGAACAGCACUGUGAACAGGGGCUGCUCAGCCCCACCCCAAGCCGUCUUUUUUUCUGGGAAUGCUGGGGAGAGCCAGUACAAUCAGAGACCGCCAUCUGAGCCUAUUCCAUUUGUCCUCAUCCUCUCAUUUCGGCAUGAACGUUUCUGAGCCCUUUUCCCACAAAUCUAGAGUUUCCA